CAAACGUUUAGCUGCACGGUAUUUCAGCACAAAGACAUAUCCUCUGUAAAUUUAUAUCAGCAGCUGCUGCCGUGCAGACAGUAAACGCUACAAGCUGAUCGCACUUAACGCCGAGCUCCGUUUCCUGGUUUCGUUUCAGCCCAACCUUAUUUGUUCAGCCAAAAUGCCCGAGGGACCAGAGCUCCACCUGGCCAGCCUGUAUGUGAACAGAAUGUGUGAAGGAGUGCUGUUCAGUGGUCCCGUCAUAAAGUCAGAGGUCAGCAAGAACCCUGAUGUGCCCUUCACCUCUGAGGCCUAUUGCAUCACAGCUGCUUCCAGAGGGAAGGAAGUGAAGCUCACGCUGACGCCCAUAAAGACAGAUGAACCAAAACAGCGAGUGAAAGCGGGACAAGUGGAACAUCCCAUGGACAUAGUCUUUCGCUUUGGGAUGUCAGGCUAUUUCCGCUUCACCAGCGAGGAUGAGCUGCCCAAACAUGCCCACUUGCGUUUUUAUUCCAAAGAGAAGCCCUGCAGAGUACUUAGCUUUGUGGAUCCUCGCAGGUUUGGGAGCUGGGAGCCCAACGGGACCUGGCAGCCUAGCAGAGGUCCCUGCGUUAUGUUUGAGUACAAAAAAUUCAGGGAGAAUGUUGUGACACACGUGUCUGACCGAGCCUUUGACAGACCCAUCUGUGAAGUCCUGCUCAAUCAGAAGUACUUCAACGGUAUUGGAAACUACCUGAGGGCUGAGAUCCUUUUCAGGUCUAACAUCCCUCCCUUUGUGGCUGCCAAAACUGUGCUGGAAGGUCUUGGGCCGGACGAUUCAUGUCAAAAUGAGAAUCCUAUGAAAAAUGAGUCAGACACAAAGAAGACAUCGGUAAGAACAAAAAAGAAACUGAUGACACACCAGACGGAUGACUUGCUCAGUCUUUGUCAUACAGUCCCUCUGGAAGUGGUGAACCUCGGUGGGAAAGGAUAUGAUCCAGCCAGUGGGGACUUCUCCGACUUUGAGGCAUGGCUGCAGUGCUACUAUGUGGACGGGAUGAAAACACUCCGGGACCAUAAUGGGAGAACAAUAUGGUUCAGAGGGGAUCCAGGGCCCAUGGCACCAAAAGAUUCAAAGUCACCCAAGGCAAAAAAGUGGGCAAAGAAAGAUGAUGACCAUGAUUACACAAACAAGAAAAAGGGGGCCAGAGAAAGGAAAACAAGGAUCAAACAGGAAGGUGGGAUGAAAACGCCAAAGAAAGAAAAGGAUGCAGGUCUAGAGGAAGCUGAAUCAAAGAGAAGGAAACUUGGCGAGACGCAUGAAGUAAAUACACCCCAGCGUGAAACAAGGUCAAAUGCACGUAGGAGAAAGACCAGUAGUGUGGGAGUGACUGCAGGGUCACAGAGACGAACCAUGAGAACGACCAGGUAGGAUGGUAAAAGAAGAGGCACCCCCACUUUGGACACUUAUGUUUUUAUACUAUUAAAAAUCCUUUUUUAUUAAUAAAAAAGUUUCUUCAAAA